UGGCCGCCGAUUUGACACAAGCACUCCAGAUGACAUAAAAGAACAAGACAUGGCCAAUAAGAAACUGACUCCAGAUAGUUUCUUUCCUGCCAUAUUUUUUGCGGCAUUCUUUUCGAUAGCGUUUGUUGUUAUCAUAGCUAUUAUUGUAACGCAAAUAAAACCGAGAAGACAUAUUGAGGAAACAGAAUUCACAGAAUGUUAUGAAGAUCUGAAAGGCAGAGACUACCGCGGAAUGGUCAACACUUCAGCGAAUGGUCAUGACUGCCUUAAUUGGGAUGAGCUGGAUGAUAAAUACUGGGUAAACCCGGUGCACUUCCCACAUGCUGGCCUCGGAGAUCACAAUUAUUGUAGGAAUCCGGAUGACGACCUCGCUCCAUGGUGCUAUGUUGAUCGCAUUUCUAUUGGUUGGGACUUCUGUGAAGUAUCAGACCCCCGCGAAAACUGCAGUGUGACCACAGUGGCCCCAACUACAACAAUAGGAAUAUUCGCUACUACGGGUGUUCCAGAGUUAUCAGAGUGUUUCGGAGAUGCUGAUGGUGGGGAUUACCGGGGAUCAGUUAACACUACUGUCAAUGGUUAUGGUUGUCAAAUGUGGACGUCACAAAGCCCUCAUAUACAUAGCGUCUGCGUGGUGUUACACAACUGA